UUACAGCGAUCCCUAUGUGAAACUAUCAUUGUACGUAGCGGAUGAGAAUCGAGAACUUGCUUUGGUACAGACAAAAACAAUUAAAAAGACGCUGAACCCGAAAUGGAAUGAAGAAUUUUAUUUUAGAGUAAACCCAUCUAAUCACAGACUCCUGUUUGAAGUAUUUGAUGAAAACAGACUGACACGAGACGAUUUCCUGGGCCAGGUGGACGUGCCCCUUAGUCAUCUUCCGACAGAAGAUCCAACCAUGGAGCGACCCUAUACAUUUAAGGACUUUCUCCUCAGACCAAGAAGUCAUAAGUCUCGAGUGAAGGGAUUUCUGCGGCUGAAAAUGGCCUAUAUGCCGAAAAAUGGAGGUCAAGAUGACGAAAACAGCGAGCAGAGGGAUGAUUUGGAGCAUGGAUGGGAAGUGGUUGACUCGAAUGACUCAGCUUCUCAGCACCAGGAAGAGCUUCCUCCUCCUCCUCUGCCUCCCGGGUGGGAAGAAAAAGUGGAUAACUUGGGCCGAACUUACUAUGUGAACCACAACAACCGGACCACUCAGUGGCACCGACCAAGCUUGAUGGAUGUGUCUUCCGAGUCGGACAAUAACAUCAGACAGAUCAACCAGGAGGCAGCACACAGGCGGUUCCGUUCGCGCCGACACAUCAGUGAGGACUUGGAGCCCGAGCCUUCGGAAGGCGGAGAUGUCCCCGAGCCUUGGGAGACCAUUUCGGAGGAAGUGAAUGUCACUGGAGACUCUCUCAGUCUGGCACUUCCCCCACCGCCAGCCUCCCCGGUGUCUCGGACCAGCCCUCAGGAGCUGUCGGAGGAGCUGAGCAGAAGGCUUCAGAUCACUCCAGACUCCAAUGGGGAGCAGUUCAGCUCUUUGAUUCAGAGAGAGCCUUCCUCGAGGUUGAGGUCAUGCAGUGUCACCGACGCGGUUGCAGAACAGACCCAUCUACCACCGCCCAGCGCCCCAACUAGGAGAGUGCGUUCAUCAACUGUCACGGGUGGUGAGGAACCAACGCCAUCAGUGGCCUAUGUACAUACCACGCCGGGCCUACCUUCAGGCUGGGAAGAAAGAAAAGAUGCUAAGGGGCGCACGUACUAUGUCAAUCAUAACAAUCGAACCACAACUUGGACUCGACCUAUCAUGCAGCUUGCAGAAGAUGGUGCCUCCGGAUCGGCCACAAACAGUAACAACCAUCUAAUCGAGCCUCAGAUCCGCCGGCCUCGUAGCCUCAGCUCGCCAACAGUUACUUUAUCUGCCCCCCUGGAGGGUGCCAAGGACUCGCCCAUACGCCGGGCUGUGAAAGACACCCUUUCCAACCCACAGUCCCCACAGCCGUCACCUUACAACUCCCCCAAACCACAACACAAAGUCACACAGAGCUUCUUGCCGCCUGGCUGGGAAAUGAGGAUAGCUCCAAAUGGCCGGCCCUUCUUCAUUGACCAUAACACAAAGACCACAACCUGGGAAGAUCCACGCUUGAAAUUUCCAGUUCACAUGAGGUCAAAGGCAUCUUUAAACCCCAAUGACCUUGGCCCUCUUCCUCCUGGUUGGGAAGAAAGAAUUCACUUGGAUGGCCGGACAUUUUAUAUCGAUCAUAAUAGCAAAAUUACUCAGUGGGAAGACCCAAGGCUGCAGAAUCCAGCAAUUACUGGUCCGGCUGUUCCUUACUCCAGAGAAUUUAAGCAGAAGUAUGACUACUUUAGGAAGAAAUUAAAGAAACCUGCUGAUAUUCCAAAUAGGUUUGAAAUGAAACUUCACAGAAAUAACAUAUUUGAAGAGUCCUACCGGAGAAUCAUGUCUGUGAAAAGACCAGAUGUCCUAAAAGCUAGACUGUGGAUUGAAUUUGAAUCAGAGAAAGGUCUUGACUAUGGGGGUGUGGCCAGAGAAUGGUUCUUCUUACUGUCCAAAGAGAUGUUCAACCCCUACUAUGGCCUCUUUGAGUACUCGGCAACGGACAACUAUACCCUUCAGAUCAAUCCCAACUCAGGCCUCUGUAAUGAAGACCAUUUGUCCUAUUUCACUUUUAUUGGAAGAGUAGCUGGUCUGGCAGUAUUUCAUGGGAAACUCUUAGAUGGUUUCUUCAUUAGACCAUUUUACAAAAUGAUGCUGGGAAAGCAGAUAACACUGAAUGAUAUGGAAUCUGUGGAUAGUGAAUAUUACAACUCUUUGAAAUGGAUCCUAGAAAACGAUCCUACCGAACUGGACCUCAUGUUCUGUAUAGAUGAAGAAAACUUUGGACAGACAUAUCAAGUGGAUCUGAAGCCCAAUGGGUCAGAAAUAAUGGUAACAAAUGAAAACAAAAGGGAAUAUAUUGACUUAGUCAUCCAGUGGAGAUUUGUGAACAGGGUCCAGAAGCAAAUGAAUGCCUUCUUGGAGGGAUUCACAGAACUGCUUCCUAUUGAUUUGAUUAAAAUUUUUGAUGAAAAUGAGCUGGAGCUGCUGAUGUGUGGCCUCGGUGAUGUGGACGUGAACGACUGGAGACAGCAUUCUAUUUACAAGAACGGCUACUGCCCAAAUCACCCUGUCAUUCAGUGGUUCUGGAAGGCUGUGCUCCUGAUGGACGCGGAAAAGCGUAUCCGGUUGCUGCAGUUCGUCACGGGCACGUCCCGCGUACCUAUGAAUGGAUUUGCCGAACUUUACGGUUCUAACGGUCCUCAGCUGUUUACAAUAGAGCAGUGGGGCAGUCCUGAAAAACUGCCCAGAGCUCACACAUGCUUUAAUCGCCUUGACUUACCUCCGUACGAAACCUUCGAAGACUUACGCGAGAAACUCCUCAUGGCCGUGGAAAACGCUCAAGGAUUUGAAGGGGUGGAUUAAGCGCCCCGCGCCGCGGGGGUGGUUGUUCUUCAAGCAAGUCUUGCUUGCACUUUUGCAUUCGCCCGACAGACUUUGGCGGAGGCGAUGGCAGCAGCGCGCUGCCAGCGUGGCCCAGCGCUGAGCCUUGCCCGCGCCCUUGCCCAAGUCCAGCCGCGGAGCCGGCCCCAGUUCGAGUUCCUGCACUUCCCACCACAAAUUCUCAACCGGUUGAUGUGUACACUAAUUCCAUUUCAGGAGGACUGACGCUAUUUAUGUUGUGCCUCUUCAGGCCAAGCCCUUAAUAAAUAUUUUACAUACUUUCUAAUGACAAUGAAUGGAAUUAAUCACUCGACAGGUAUAGUAUUACAGCUCAUGUUUACUUUUUUAAAUGAUUUAGUCUGAUUUUCAGAUUUUAUUUCAUGACAAUUAAAGAUGUCACAUGUCCUUGGAAGAAGUGAGCAUAUUUUUUUUUUUGUAUUUGAAUUUCAUACCAAGCUUAAUGUCCAUUACGUUUUUAUUUUUGAAGUACUUUGACACCUCCACCCUCUACUAGAAUAGGAAGACUAAUUUUUGUCCAGAAACCUUCUACAGACAAAUGGCUCUGAGAGGAUUUCCAGUACAACGCUGGACAUCAUCCUUUUCCAUACUCAGAAUGAAAAACUGGAUAUGAUGUUUUUGCUUUUCGUACAAACUUAGAUAAUAGCUCCAGGCUGAGAGAAUUGUAACAUAGCAUGACAAAUUUUGUGUUGACUUGAAAGGAAUCACACCAUUAUUCCUUAGCAGUAAUUCCAUGUGCUAUAAUUCUUGAGACAGGGUUGGACUAUCAUUUCUCGUAAGAGAAAUUCCUUAACCCUUCCUGAUGCUGUACAGUCAUCUUUUAUUCUGUUUCCUCUUCGCUGUUUAUAGUAGAGACAUUUUGGAUGCAACUUGGCACUGCCUGAUUUGAAACUGUGGAAACCAGAUCUGUCGAGUCUUCUGUUUGUAUGCGUUUGCUCACGGUAGCUGACUAACCGAUGUUUGUUCUAACUGCACCAAUUCUGAAGGCACUUUAUGCACUAUAUGGAGGUCCUGCCUGGUUUUGUUUUGUUUUUUAUCGUACACAUUAAACGUAGUGAUUAUUUCUGCACACACCUUUCCGGUGCGAUAUCUCUUCAUUGUGAAUCCGGCUGCUGGUGCACAGAAACCAGGAUGUAAACUGAGCCGACAGAUUUGUCCUCACCAACUGUUUUGUGAUUUCUACUCAACUGCAAAGAUGUAUUGAAUGUGUACUUAUUCUAACCGAGUUUCAGUACCUAUGACCUGUUGCAUGCUUCGACACCGCGUACCGCCCGGGUUGUGUCUAUUGUGUGCUAGACUGAAAGUGAGAGAGAAGACUUGCCUUGACCUACCGAGGUCAAGCUGUAGAGCUGAUCGUGAUGGAGAUAGUGGGGAUCUGCACAGUUUGGUUUGUUUCUACUGUAAGUCUCCAUUGUGUCGUGCUUUGAGAAAAAUGCCUGAGACAGUUUGGGAGUUCAGCAGCCCUGCUGUCCUUUGUAACCUGUGUUGUCUUAAACCCUGUCGUGGCAGUGAGGGGACUCCAGAGAUUUGAUCUCAUGCCAGUCGUAAAAUAAGAUGAAAGAGCGUGGUUUCAGGAGCUCUGUUUAUUAUUACAUAAGAAGGACCUUUUGGCGUAAAAAAUUGCUCCUUUUCAGCCAGCAUUGAGAAGCCAUGAGUGUCUGUGGUCGUAAAUGAGUUGUCUGGAGGGGUGCAGAGGCCUGAGGUUUCUGAGAGAAGGUGGAUUUCUGCAGAGCUGGAGAUUGGCUUCUUUGUCAUACUGGUUGAAAAUACCUAGGAGUGAUCAGAAAACUUAGAUCUUAAGUAGAUAUAAAAAACCCUAUUGCUCAUUAUUUUUGCCUGUUGGUGGAAUUUUCUCUCUCCCAUCCACAUAGCAGAUGUCUCAGUGCAGAAUGCCCCUUUCUGUAAGCCCCCAGAAACCAGCCUCAGUUUUCUUAUGAAUCACGCCAAAGCCCAAGUCAAGCAGUGGACUUUCAUGGUUUUGAGAACCAUCGUGUAUUAUAGAAGGAGAAAUCCAAUUCUAGUCUAAGGACCAGGACUUUCCUGUCCUUUUGUAAACUGUAUAUUGAAAAAAAAAUCAGGGUAUUCAUUAAAUGCAAAUUAAAUCAAGUAUUGGAAAUAUGAAAGAAGAAUCAUCCUGAUCAUUUCUAAGCCAGCAACAAAUAAGAACUAUCGAAAUCUACCCCCAUGAAUACUUGUAAGGCAGUAAUUGUGAAUGACAUUUCAGUUCAUCUACCCACUAAUAAUAUCAGAUUUUAAUGUCAACUAAAUAUUGCUGGAUUAGGGGUUUGGUUUUUUUUUUUAAAAAACCUCAAAAUAAGACUUACUAGUCCUCUACAAUUCUCUAAGUUUUACUUUUUGUCUAAAAUGGUCAUAGAUCUUGUCUUCUCUAAAUUUUGGUGGCCACACUCGAUGGUCACCUUCACGACAUGAUUGCAGGUGGCAGUAAAGUCCACGGGCUGCCCAACCAGCAGGGUACCGGGUCCUCCCCCUGGCCCACCACCUGCCCAGUUAGCAGCCCUGGAGGGGAGGGCAGUGCUGCCCACCCCAGUGGUCCUCGCAGCCACGCUGCUCAGCAGGCCAGAAUCUCUCAGCCUCUGUCUUCUCCCACGCCAGAGAGAUCACUUUCAUCCAGUUUCUUUGGUUCCCUGCCGAAGCUGUGGUCAUCGUGGGUUGUUUACCAUGAGGCUAAGGAGUGAGUGUUGAAGGUCUUUGAGCAUCAGUGGUCUCGGCCCCCUGGCGAUCCCACGUACGUCCAUUCCUGCCCCUCGGUGGUCUGUGGAUGAAUUUGGGUGGUCCGCCUGGUGGGAUACUCCCAGGACACUGUGCUGCUUCCCAUCGCAGGCCCUGAAGCAGGCAUCCGUGAGGCACUCGCCAUUUUAUUGUAUACGCAACUCCAGUGCUUUUUCCUGAAAUAUUGUCGUUCCCUUUUCUGUAGCCAGCCCUCUAACAAAUACUGAAUUUGUGUUUCUAAGGCCCUUCAGCAAGUGACAUCGGACAUUCCCUAAAUUUAGACAGCGAAUACUCUAAAGCAACUGGAUGUCUAUUAUUUCUCCCACGGAAGGAUGCAGUGACAGAUUCGGAGAAGUGGUUCACAAACUAUUGGAACCGCUUUCUGCAUCUCCCAUGGUACAACGUGUCCCGUGGCGGUUUUGAUCUUGCCAGAUCCAAAGUGGCUCCCUUGACAGCCGAAUUCACCUGCAGCAACUUGCCAACAGUUACCAAUUAACAGUUGACUCUUGUAUUUUCCUAAGAGACUUGUAUCUCACCUCCGAGAGAUUUUUAAAAUCUAUAAGAGCGCCUGGGCUAAUCAGUCCUGCCCCCACCGACUAUGCCAGUUCUUCUUUUCCUCUCUUCCUCACCCUGACUCUGCACCCCUGUACUGAGAGGCCGAGAGGGGAGCCACUGUCUGGUGACAUUUUCUGCCUUGCCGGUAGGAGGUGCUGCUGUACAGGGGAACUGCCUGGCCCCUCCCUUCCUGACCCUCAAGAUCACGCCCUGCCUGGGUCUCGUUCAGGUAUUGGGGUACAUCCUGAUAAGUCAUGUCAAAACUGCCAGUUUCAGCACUCAGAUGUGUUUUAAACAAUCCUUAUAAACUCCGCUUUGUGCGUUAGAUUUUAAAACUGGGAAGAAAAUGUGAUAUACUUUGGACCACUUUUUUAAUUUAUAGAAGCCUUAAUGAACAGUGUAUAUACACCUGCAUACGCACACCCCUCCCAAAGUGUUUUCAGUGUGUCAGAGAAAAUGCUGUAGCAGUAGGACGUGAGCUUGUCUAAUGUUUUGUAGGAAAGGGUUUAGCUUUCUGUUGGCGUGAAAUUCUCCAGGAAAACCUCUCAUGGGACAUCUAUCCUUUAUUAAAGAUGUUACGCUCAAAGCAAUGCAUGUUUAAAGCGCAUGUCUUUGUGUGUGUUGGUCUCGUGACAGUGGAAUCCACGAUAUUGCCAGUGGCUCCUGACCCUGACCUCUGGUGUACUGCAUCUCAACCUCACAUCAGUGCAGCGAAGGCCUGUCUCACGACCGUGACCCUGUCUCUGCAGAUCUCUGUGUUCCGAUGUCAGUCAGUUUGCCCCUCUUUCGGACUAAUUUCACCUAGAAUGUCACAGUUUCCUUCAUGUUAACUUUGCGUGACCCUGUUCUUUUCUACUAUGUAUGUAAUAUAUAUACAUAUAUACGUACAUGUGCUGUCCAAAUAUAUAUGUAUAUAUUUGUAUAGCAUUUUUACACCUUUAUUGAGUAAUCUGGUUUCGAAAGGGAGUGAGAGCUUAGUCCCUCCGACAGUUUUCUCCAAGCUGUGUCCUGAGAAUUCUGGCUCUCGGAGCCCCAGAGAACACUAGGAAGAUGAUGUUAAUUUGCUGUCAUUUCUUAAUUCAGGAUCUAUCAUCAAAUGAAACAUGAAAAAAAACAGUGACUUUUAAGGUGAAAAGAGUUUCAGGCAUUCCAAAUGAAUUCUCAAUGUUUCGUAACUUCUUAUAAGCCCAGCUCCUAAUAUGAAGCCAAGUACUAUUUGAUAUAGUGGUUAAAAACCAAACUACCUUGAAGUUUUUUUAAGACAACUUAUGGGUAAUGCUCAUUUUCACGAUCAGAGUAGCUUUAAAAUACAGUUGAAUUUGAUACACACGGGAAAAGUUUUGUUUAAGAACAAAUCCUUUUUGCUUUUCUUUCUUCUGGAGAGAUCUAAAGAGAAAUUGUGGGUUGUUUUCCUGACAGCAAAAGACUAAUGUGACAAAAUCAAGUCGUUGUAAAGAAGUGAUGCAACUUGUCAAAUAUUUAAUAAAGAAUUAUGGAAGCUGGAACAUUUUCUA